AUGAAAGUAGCAGAGAUCCUAUCCGAUCUCGCGUCUCUACGUGCUUGUGACUACAAUGAUGCUCUGAACCUCGUCACUGUCAACCAAGUCCUACCGUCAGUAGAGACAGGAGAGCGGCGUGCCCCAGGAGAUGCAGCGGCCAACCCAACAAAAGCAAACACGGCGAAAGAUCACCUUCGCCUCGCGUCAGAGCUCGUCGAGCUACACUAUGAGAUGAAGGCCGUCCAUAAAGAUGGCAAAGUAGAUGAGCAACUGCGCCGUGGGAGGGAGGAGGUGAAUCGGGUGCUACGAGAACUGACUGGUCGUUGA